AUGGGUGAAACGAAAGAUCUGACUACCUCUCACGAGCAACACUCGCCCGAUGUGGAGGAGCAUAUGAGUGUCGGGCAGUACAUUGCGACUCGGAUUUCGUCGCUGAAACCGCCUAUGAACCCAGCGCCGAAUCCUUUCAAGGCGCUGACACUCCUCAACAAGCAACAAUGGAUGUUCUUUGCAGUCGCCUUUGCAGGCUGGACUUGGGAUGCUUUCGAUUUCUUUACCGUCUCCUUGACUACCUCCCAGCUGGCAAAGACCUUUGAUGUCUCCAUUACCGACAUCACAUGGGGUAUCACCCUCGUGCUGAUGCUCCGCUCCGUGGGUGCCAUCAUUUUCGGUAUUGCCGCCGAUCGUUACGGUCGUAAAUGGCCGUUUGUGGUGAAUCAACUGCUGUUCAUCGCCAUCGAGCUGGGUGGUGGUUUCUGCCAGACAUACCAACAAUUCCUGGGUUGCCGUGCGAUCUUCGGUAUCGCCAUGGGUGGUCUCUAUGGUAAUGCUGCUGCCACCGCUCUCGAAGACUGCCCUCCCGAGGCCCGUGGUAUCAUCUCCGGUCUGUUGCAGCAGGGUUAUGCGUUCGGCUACCUGCUGGCGACUGCCUUUGCUCGAGGUCUGGUCGACACCACCCCGCAUGGCUGGCGCCCGCUUUAUUGGUUCGCUGCAGGUCCGCCCGUUCUGAUCAUCGCUUUCCGCCUGUGGUUGCCCGAGACCAACACAUUCCUUCAACGCCAAGAAGCUCGUGCAGAGAUGAGGGGAGGCGCUGCAGCCUCGUUCGUCUCUGAGGGUAAAGUCGCAUUGAAGCGUCACUGGCUGCUGUUGAUCUACAUGGUCCUCCUCAUGGCAGGCUUCAACUUUAUGUCUCACGGCUCUCAAGACCUCUACCCGACCAUGCUCGGUAACCAGUUCAAGUUCGGCAAGAACGCUGUCACCGUGACCCAGAUUGUCGCCAACCUGGGCGCCUUGACCGGAGGCACCCUGUGUGGAUGGGCCAGUCAAAUCUUCGGUCGUCGCUUCUCGAUCAUUGUCAUCUGUAUUGUCGGUGGCGCCCUGCUCUACCCUUACACUUUCGUCACGACCGAAGCCGUCAUGGCAGCUGCCUUCUUUGAACAGUUCAUGGUCCAGGGAGCCUGGGGUGUGAUCCCCAUCCACCUGAUGGAGCUGUCUCCAGGUUCCAUUCGAACCUUUGUGGUUGGCACUGCCUACCAACUGGGUAACUUGGUGUCCUCCGCCAGUUCGACCAUCGAGUCCACUAUUGGCCAGCGCUUCCCUCUGCCUCCGACCCCAACCGCCGCUCACCGCUACGACUAUGGCAAGGUCAUUUGUAUCUUCAUGGGCUGUGUCUUUGCCUACACAAUCUUGUUGACCCUGGCAGGUCCGGAGCGUCUGGGUCGGAACUUUGAUGCGGAUCACGAUGCGGACCUUGCUGUUGUCGCAGCCCACCGUGGCAUGGACCGCGACGGGUACCAGAGUGACCCUGAGAAAGGUACUGUGGAACAGCGGGAGUGA